GUGAAAUCUUUUAUGAGAGCUCUAGCACUAGCUAUGAGAAAUGGAUACAUAAAUGUUCAGAUGACAGUUUGAUUGAUAAAGAUACCCAGGCAAGUAUUUAUAUGCCUAGCUACUCAGGUAGUAAAACUUCACUCCUGUUUAUUCAAAGUCUUCAUGUUACCAUAGUACGAAGCUCAAGAAAAGGUGGGAAAUAAAUGGAAGUGUUGUUUACAUCACAUGACCAGGUAUUGAUUUCUAACCCAGCGGCAAGAACCAACUCCGACACCUUUUCCAUAAUAAUAAUUUAGUCUUUUGGUUCUGCAUCUUUGUUAAACCUCAUUUACAGAAAACAUGUCGAAAACAGUUGUUGUUCAGUCACCAGCGGAAUUCAGCAAUCUACUGAAGACCUCUAAGAUUGUUGUGACAGAUUUUUACGCGGAUUGGUGCGGACCAUGUAAGGCUAUUGCGCCUAUGUACGAGCAGCUUUCUGCGCAGCUAUCACGUCCAAACAAGAUUACAUUCACAAAGGUCAAUGUUGACAACCAGACCGAGAUUGCAUCCACCUAUGGUAUUACUGCUAUGCCAACAUUCAUGAUCUUCAAGGGAGGCAAGCAAGUCGAGAAAGUGCAAGGUGCCGAUCCAAAGAAGCUACAAGAUAUUGUAAGGAAGUUGGCUGCAGAGGCAGAUGAUUCAAGAGAUUCUUCGUCUGGAUUCGCAAGUGGAUCUGGUUCUGGCGAUUGGCGCGCAGGAGCUCUUCCAAGAGGCUACAACGAUGUGACAGACCAGGUUGAUAUCAAAGGUCUAGAGUUGUUGAACGCCGACAGUGAAUUCGGAACUGUGCGAACAUUAGUUGAUACAAGCAAACCCAGUGCCUUGUCAAAUGGAAAGGCGGCAGAUUCGAAGGCUAAGGACUGGGUUGUCAGUGAUACGGAUGAGCAGCUCAUGUUGUUUAUGCCGUUUCAAUCUAUGUUGAAAGUUCAUAGUGUUCAGAUCACAUCUCUGCCUUCAGCAUCUGAUAACGAGGAUGAUGAUGAUGAAGAGCCAAUGCGACCAAAAACUAUCAAGAUCUACACAAACCGAGCUCACACUGUUGGUUUUGACGAGGCUGAAGGUCUUCCUGAGACACAAACCAUCACUCUGGAAGCCAAGGACUGGGAUUCAACAGGCACUGCUACAUUAUCACUCCGCUUUGUGAAGUUCCAGAAUGUUACUAGCUUGGUAUUCUUCAUUGUGGAUGGUGAUGGAGACAGUGAAAAGGUACGCAUUGAUCGGAUUAGAAUUAUUGGGGAAACUGGUGAAAAGCGCGACCAAGGGAAGCUGGAGAAGAUUGACCAUGACCAUUAAAGACGAUGAAGCAUGAUUUGUUUACAUUGAUGAGCAUGAUGAGCGGUAUAGUUAUACGAUGAUAGGCAUGGGAUGGCGUUAACAGAUGUGCCUUCUGGGGCGCUUUUGUGCAUGGCAUUUGAGUAGAAUGAUUUAUGAUUCAGCUUCAUGAAGAUAUCCUUUUCCGCGAAA